UGGAGGCUGCGGUGACGCCUGGGCCACUCCGCGCCUCAGCCCGCGCUCCACUGCGCCCCCUGCAAGCGCGAGUGAGGGGCGCAGGCACGCGGUGCUGACCGCUGGGCUGCUCUGCGGACCGUCGAGCGGGGAUGGUCACGGCCCGGGUCAGUGUCCACAGUGGCUAUCAGCCCAGCUCCCUGCGCUUUUUCUGUCGCGAAGCGCCAAGCGGCUGGCGUCUGGAGCGUCAUUUGGCAGGUCCAGCUCCCAAGCCCGGCAAAGACCUCCACGCUCCUUUCGGAUUACCUGGUUUACAAGCCGCCCUCGGAGACACAGAAGUGACCGAGCCGCGACCCUGUGCCGCGCCUGCUGGCAGAAGUCUGGAGCGCUCUGGAGCUGUUGUUGGCGUCAGGUUUUGAGCCAUCGUGAGUCUGUGACGGGGUAGACGCUGCUAGCAAUGAGCUCCCAAAGCCACCCAGAUGGACUUUCUGGCCGAGACCAGCCGGUGGAGUUGCUGAACCCUGCCCGCGCCAACCACAUGCCCAGCACGGUGGACGUGGCCACGGCACGGCCUCUGCAGGUGGCCCCCUCGGCAGUGCCCAUGGACCUGCGCCUGGACCACCAGUUCUCGCUGCCCGUGGCUGAGCCAGCCCUGCGCGAGCAGCAGCUGCAGCAGGAGCUCCUGGCCCUCAAGCAGAAGCAGCAGAUCCAGAGGCAGAUCCUCAUCGCCGAGUUCCAGCGGCAGCACGAGCAGCUGUCACGGCAGCACGAGGCCCAGCUGCAUGAGCACAUCAAGCAGCAGCAGGAGAUGCUGGCCCUGAAGCACCAGCAGGAGCUCCUGGAGCACCAGCGGAAGCUGGAGCGGCACCGCCAGGAGCAAGAGCUGGAGAAGCAGCACCGGGAGCAGAAGCUGCAGCAGCUCAAGAACAAGGAGAAGGGCAAGGAGAGUGCCGUGGCUAGCACAGAGGUGAAAAUGAAACUGCAGGAGUUCGUGCUCAACAAGAAGAAAGCGCUGGCCCACCGCGGCCUCAACCACUGUAUCUCCAGCGACCCCCGCUACUGGUACGGGAAAACGCAGCACAGCUCCCUGGACCAGAGCUCUCCACCCCAGAGCAGUGUGUCGGCCUCCUACAACCACCCGGUCCUGGGGAUGUACGACGCCAAGGAUGACUUCCCUCUCAGGAAAACAGCGUCCGAGCCCAACCUGAAGUUACGGUCCAGGCUAAAGCAGAAAGUGGCUGAGCGGCGGAGCAGCCCCCUGCUACGCAGGAAGGACGGGCCAGUGGUCACUGCUCUGAAGAAGCGCCCCCUGGAUGUCACAGACUCCGCCUGCAGCAGCGCCCCGGGAUCCGGGCCCAGCUCACCCAACAACAGCUCCGGGAACGUCAGCACUGAGAACGGGAUCGCGCCGGCCGUGCCCAGCCUCACAGCCGAGCCCAGUUUGGCGCACAGACUCGUGACGCGAGACGCCUCGGUGGCCCCACUUCCUCUCUACACUUCUCCGUCCCUGCCCAACAUCACACUGGGACUUCCCGCCACCGGCCCGUCCGCAGGUACGGCAGCCCAGCAGGACGCGGAGCGGCUCGCCCUCCCAGCCCUCCAGCAGAGGCUCUCCCUCUUCCCCGGCACCCACCUCGCGCCCUACCUGAGCUCUUCGCCCCUGGAGCGGGACGGCGGGCCGGCCCACAGCCCUCUCCUGCAGCACAUGGUCCUCCUGGAGCAGCCACCGGCACAGCCACCCCUGGUCACAGGCCUGGGGGCGCUGCCCCUGCACGCACAGUCCCUGGUGGGCGCGGACCGCGUGUCCCCCUGCAUCCACAAGCUGCGGCAGCCCGCCCGGCCCCCGGCUCCCGCAUGCGGUCUGCAGCCGCUACACAUGGGCAAGAUGAUCCCCAAGCCCGGUGAGCCGGCCCGGCAGCCUGAGAGCCACCCCGAGGAGACGGAGGAGGAGCUCCGUGAGCACCAGGCCCUGGUGGACGAGCCGUACUCCGACCGACUCCCAGGGCAGAAGGAGGCGCUGGUGCUGGCCGGCGUGCAGGUGAAGCAGGAGCCUGUGGAGAGCGACGAGGAAGAGGCGGAGCCCCCGCGGGAGGGCGAGCACGGCCAGCGGCAGCCCACCGAGCAGGAGCUGCUCUUCAGACAGCAAGCCCUCCUCCUGGAGCAGCAGCGCAUCCACCAGCUGCGCAACUACCAGGCGUCCCUGGAGGCUGCCGGCAUCCCCGUGUCCUUCGGCGGCCACAGGCCUCUGUCCCGAGCGCAGUCCUCCCCGGCCUCGGCCACCUUCCCUGUCACCGUCCAGGAGCCGCCCGCCAAGCCAAGGUUCACCACAGGCCUCGUGUACGACACGCUGAUGCUGAAGCACCAGUGCACCUGCGGCAGCACCAGCAGCCACCCCGAGCACGCCGGCCGCAUCCAGAGCAUCUGGUCCCGCCUGCAGGAGACUGGCCUCCGCAGCAAGUGCGAGUGCAUUCGGGGACGCAAGGCCACCCUGGAGGAGCUGCAGACCGUGCACUCAGAGGCCCACACCCUCCUCUACGGCACCAACCCCCUCAACAGGCAGAAACUGGACAGCUCGCUGACCUCUGCGUUUGUCAGGCUCCCCUGUGGCGGCGUUGGGGUGGACAGCGACACCAUCUGGAACGAGGUGCACUCGUCAGGAGCGGCCCGCCUGGCCGUGGGCUGCGUGGUGGAGCUGGUCUUCAAGGUGGCCACGGGGGAGCUGAAGAAUGGCUUUGCUGUGGUCCGGCCCCCUGGCCACCAUGCCGAGGAGAGCACACCCAUGGGGUUCUGCUACUUCAAUUCCGUGGCCGUGGCAGCCAAGCUUCUCCAGCAGAGGCUGAACGUGAGCAAGAUUCUCAUAGUGGACUGGGACGUGCAUCACGGCAACGGGAGUCAGCAGGCCUUCUACAGCGACCCCAGCGUGCUCUACGUGUCGCUGCACCGCUAUGACGAUGGCAACUUCUUCCCGGGCAGCGGGGCGCCUGACGAGGUGGGCACCGGGCCAGGCGUGGGCUUCAACGUCAACAUGGCGUUCACCGGAGGCCUCGACCCCCCGAUGGGAGACACGGAGUACCUGGCAGCCUUCAGAACCGUGGUCAUGCCGAUCGCAAACGAGUUUGCCCCGGACGUGGUGCUGGUGUCGUCGGGCUUCGACGCAGUGGAGGGCCACCCCACGCCACUCGGCGGCUACAACCUCUCUGCCAAAUGUUUCGGGUACCUGACGAAGCAGCUGAUGGGCCUGGCCGGCGGCCGGGUGGUUCUGGCCCUGGAGGGAGGCCACGACCUGACCGCCAUCUGCGAUGCCUCCGAGGCGUGUGUCUCUGCUCUGCUGGGAAAUGAGCUCGACCCGCUCCCGGAGAAGGUCUUGCAGCAGAGGCCCAACGCGAACGCUGUGCGGUCGAUGCAGAGAGUCCUGGAGAUCCACAGCAAGUACUGGCGCUGCCUGCAGCGGGUCGCCUCGGCCGUGGGGCACUCCCUGGUUGAGGCUCAGAACUGCGAGAACGAGGAGGCCGAGACAGUCACCGCCAUGGCUUCGCUGUCCGUGGGUGUGAAAGCCGCCGAGAAGAGGCCAGACGAGGAGCCCAUGGAAGAGGAGCCGCCCCUGCUACCACGGUCUCCAGACGCACGUGCACACCGGCAUGGCCGCGUCCCGUGGAGCGUGGGACAGACCGGCGACGAGCAGACACGGACGCUUGGAUGCCCAGCAGCUCUGGUGGCCCGGGAGGCCACGGAGGAGGAGCGCGGGUGA